GAGCGCAACCAGGAAGCAGUGUACAAACACUGAAAACAUUAGGCUCAGACGUUGUUUAUCAAUUUUAUACUAUCAAAUUAACGCUGGAGGAAGCGAUCGCGCUGUUUGAACUGUAUCUCGUGGUCAUGAUUAUAUCUUUCUCAUGGGCUGUUUAUUUUAUGUUCGUGUCUAAGGCUGGCGUGGGCAAGAAUUAUGGAAUAGACUGGUGAAGAUGGGGUUGGCUCUGUGAGGUGGUGAAUCUGGCUCUGUAAGCUUACUAGGGGCGUGAUAAUGGACUUCUCCAAGUUCCUGGCAGAUGAUUUUGACGUGAAGGACUGGGUGAAUGGAGCUUUUAAAGUGGCCCAGAAGGAUGCUCCCGGUAAAGCGGACGCUCACGCCUCUACUCUGGUCAUGAAGCUGCAGCUGUUCAUUCAAGAGGUCAAUAACUCUAUAGAAGAGAGCAGCAAUCAGGCCCUGCAGAACAUGCCACGCGUUUUGAGGGAUAUCGAAGCUCUGAAACAGGAGGCGUCUUUCCUGAAGGAUCAGAUGAUUCUGGUUAAAGAGGACAUCAAGAAAUUCGAACAGGACACGGUGCAGUCUAUGCAGGUGUUGGUGGAGAUCGAUCAGGUGAAGUCUCGCAUGCAGUUAGCAGCAGAAGCGUUACAGGAAGCUGAUAAAUGGAGCACUCUCAGUGCUGACAUCGAGGAGACUUUUAAGACACAGGACGUGGCUGUCAUCAGCAGUAAGCUGACCGCCAUGCAGGGCAGUCUGGCGAUGCUGGUGGACACACCGGACUACAGCGAGAAGUGUGUUCAGCUGGAGGCCCUGAAGAACCGUCUGGAAGCUCUGACCAGCACACAGAUCGUCUCCACGUUCAACUCGCUGGCUACAGAUCAAGCGAAGCUUUUGUACGAAGUUUUUACUGAAAUGGACAGAAUGCCGCAGUUACUGGCUUACUACUAUAAAUGCCACAAGGCACAACUGUUGAGCGUGUGGGAAGGCAUCUGUCAGUCAGACGCGCCUCUGAAGCAGCAGCUCUCGGAGUUUUACGACACACUUUUGUCCACGUGGCACACGCAGCUUCAGUGGAGCAGUCAGGUCUUUAAAAACCCCUGUGAAGUGCUCACCGUGCUGAUGAUCCAGACGCUGGGGGCGAUGCUGCCGUCUAUCCCAGACUGCAUCGCUGUGGCCCUGAAGCGUUGCUCUGGCGACUGUCGUCUGGAUGCGCUGCUGGAGCUCCAUCAGACGGCGGCCAACUUCAGUCGCAGCCUGGAGGCAGCCAUGCAGCUGCAGCUCGGCGAGUGUAACCUCUUGAAGGUGGCAGAGCUGGUGUCAUGCGUUUAUUUGCCUUACAAGACUUAUCAGAUGCAGUACGGAGAGCUAGAGGAGACAAACUUGCUGAUCCAGCUCAGCGCUGUUCCUCUGGAGCGUGGUGAGGUUCUGGACUGCGUGUUGGAGCUCACGCACUCGGUUCAGAAGGUGUUCGGUUUGGCGGCGGCUGCCGUGGAUCGCUGUGUGAAGUUCACGGAUGGCCUCGGCGUGUGUGGGCUCAUCAAAGCCCUGCGAGCGCUUUUCAGCAAGUACGUGUCAGACUUCUCUGUCACGCUUCAGUCAAUCAGGAAGAAGUAUAAGUUAGAGGACACGCCCACUUCUGAGGUGUUCACCGAGGAUUGGACGGCUUUUCAGAACUCGGUCAGAAUCAUUGCAACCUGUGGUGAGCUUCUUAGACAGUGUGGUGCAUUUGAACAGCAGCUUUCAAACAAGAUCCUGGGGAGGGCUGGACGUUUUUUGUGGGAGGGAUUUAACCCCAGAAGUCUGACUGGUUUACAAGAGGGCGUUGCCGAGAGGCGGAGCCAAAAGAACCCCUGGCAGGAAUACAACUACCUUCAGCAAACCAACACGGCUGAGUAUAAUACUCUCCUGGAGACGCUGCACUCCCUCAAGGAGAAAGGAACAGGAAACUCAAGCUUAUUGGCCGAGACCCGCAGCGCUCUGACGCGUCUGAACCAGCAGGCCAAUCAGCUGGCGUUUGACUCCGUGUUCCUGCAAAUCAAGCAGCAGCUCUUCCUUCUCAACAAACCAGAGGGUCUCGGCUCUGCUAAUUUGAGCGAAACGCUAACCGAUGAUCUACCAGCCUUCAGUUUGUCACCGCAGGAGUACAUCACUAAUAUCGGUCAGUAUAUCAUGUCUUUGCCUCUGCAUUUGGAGCCGUUUGUGACUCAGGAGGAUCCAGCGCUGGAGCUCGCUCUACACACUGGCAAACUCCCUUACCCUCCAGAACAAGGAGAUGAUGUCCCUGAGCUGGAGAACACGGCAGAUUAUUGGCUGGGUUCUAUCGCCAGGGCGACCAUGCAGACCUAUUGUGAUGUCAUCCUGCAGAUUCCUGAGCUCAGCCCGCAUGCAACCAAACAGCUGGCGACUGACAUAGAUUACCUGAGUAACGUCAUGGAUGCGCUGGGGUUGCAGACCUCUAGAGCUCUCCAGAAUAUCGUCACCCUCCUUCGUGCCAAACGGGACGAGUACCGGCAGACGGCCAAAGCUCUCCCGCGCAGACUGGCCUCGGCCAUCGCCACCAUGAGAGGUCUGGAGUACUGACCCCACCGGACACCAGUGUGUGUGUUCCCCAAACAAACACUAAACGUCUCAUAUUUAUCAGCAAACACAAUGAAUCUAUCAAUGGCACAUUUUGUUAAAUGUUUUUAACAGAUUUUAACCGAAAUUGAUUGUUUGGGAAAAUAGCCUGGGACUAAAUUGUGCAGGAGAAAAAAAAGUUAAGCUUUAUUGUUGGCUCUGGGGAUUUCAUUGAGAUGGCGCGGUGAAAGACGGUCUGCAUAUUUAUUUUUUUGCGUGUUUUGCAUGUUUGCCAUUAUUUCUCUUGAUCGGUAAUAAACAUGCGCUCCUGUGUUUCUGGUUUCUUAAGGUACAUGCUAACUAAUGCUUCUCAUGUCUGGCUCUCUGUAUUUGUAUUUCUGUUUUCUUUUGCUCACAUUGGAAGUUUCAUACAGCGUUUGAGGAACUUUUUCAAUUCUGUUCGUUUGUUAACAAAAUAAAACCUCUUGAGCAGUG